AUGUGCAGCCCCGUGGAGCGGCGCCUGGCCGGGCUGCGGGAGGGGGCGGCGGCGGUGCGGGGCGAGGGGGCGGCCGGCGACCCGGGGCUGGAGGCGCUGCUCGACCUGCUGCUCUGCGUCCACCAGGAGUGCAGCGGCGCCCCCCUGCGGCGGGAGCGGAACGUGCAGCAGUUCCUGGCCUGGGCCUCCCCUUUAGUCACCAGGGCGAAGCACCUGAAUCUGCGACGAGAUGACUUUGAGAUCUUGAAAGUGAUCGGAAGAGGGGCUUUCGGAGAGGUGGCCGUAGUGCGAAUGAAGGAGACAGACAAGGUUUUUGCCAUGAAGAUUCUGCACAAAUGGGAAAUGCUGAAGAGAGCUGAGACUGCUUGCUUCCAGGAAGAGCGUGACGUGCUGGUGCAUGGAAACAGGCAAUGGAUCACCACCCUGCAUUAUGCCUUCCAGGAUGAUCACUACUUGUACCUCGUGAUGGAUUACUAUGCAGGAGGCGACCUGCUCACCCUCCUAAGCAAGUUUGAGGACCGUCUGCCCGAGGACAUGGCCUGUUUCUACCUGGCCGAGAUGGUCUUGGCCAUCCACUCCAUCCACCAGCUCGGAUAUGUCCACAGGGAUAUCAAGCCAGACAACGUCCUCAUUGACACAAACGGACACAUCCGUCUGGCCGACUUUGGCUCCUGCCUGCGGCUGCGUCCAGACGGCACGGUGGUGUCUCCAGUGGCAGUAGGAACUCCUGAUUACAUUUCCCCUGAGAUUCUGCAGGCCAUGGAGGAUAGGAAGGGGAAAUACGGCCCAGAAUGUGACUGGUGGUCCUUGGGGGUCUGUAUGUAUGAGCUGCUUUUCGGGGAGACCCCCUUCUAUGCAGAGUCCCUGGUGGAGACUUAUGGCAAGAUCAUGAACCACGAGGACCACCUGCAGUUCCCCACUGACAUCACCGACGUCUCAGAGAGUGCGAAGGACCUCAUCCGGGGGCUACUGUGUCGCCAGGAGUUGCGCCUUGGCCAGAAGGGCAUCGAAGACUUCAAGAGACAUCCUUUCUUCGAGGGCAUCGACUGGGACAACCUCCGCAAGAGCACGCCACCCUACGUGCCCGAGGUGGCCAGCCCUGCUGACACCUCCAAUUUUGACGUGGAUGACGACACGCUCAAGGAGUCGGAGACGUUGCCACCAGUAUCUCAUGCUGCGUUUUCUGGCCACCACCUUCCGUUCGUUGGAUUCACCUUCACUUCUGGGGGCCCCCUCUUGGAGAGGCAUCCGGCCUCGCCCUCCAGCAGCUCCAGCUCCAUGCGGCUCGAGAAAAGGAUCCGGACCCUGGAACGUGAGAAGCUGGAUCUGGCUCGUAAGCUGCAAGAUUCUCUGACGAAAUUACCUUCCAAGGCACCAGCUAGGGACUCUGAGACCAGGAGUCUCCGGAACGAGGUGGAGAGUCUGCGGAAACAGUUGGCAGAGAACCGGUUGGAGACGGCAGAGGUCCAGAGGCAGCACCUGGACAGGGUGGCAUCUGGGCAGGUGAAGACUUUGGAAGACCAGCUGAAGAUACUGGAACAGGAGAAGAAUGAGGCCCUUCAGGUUCUGGCUGAGACUCAAGAGCAGGUACAAGCUCAGGCUUGGGAGCUGCGGGAAGAACAAUGCCGGCAGAAGGAGACGGCCCAGGAGCUGCACCGAGCGGAGGCCAAGUGCGGGGAGCUGCGAGCCCAGCUGCUACGGCACUCCCGGCAGCUGCGAGAGCGCCAGGAGGAGACAGAAGCCGCGGCCCGGCGGGUGGAGGGGCUGCGCAAAGAGCUGGCCCGCACUGAGAGCGGCCGCAAGGAGCUGGAGGCUCGGAUCGAGGGUCUAAUGAAUGAAGUAUCCAAGCAGCGGAGAGGGAAGGAGAGGGCUGAGCAGCAGCUGAGGAAGUUGAAGCAGGACUUGGAGGAGAUGAAGGUGAAACAAGGCAUGUCCCCUUUGCACGCUUCCGGCUCCAGGAGAGCCACAGAUGCUUUGUGUAACCCCAAAGAAGAGCUGCGCACUCUGCAAGAGGCGCUGCAGGCAAAGGAGAAGCAGCAGGAGGUGCUCCAGGGUGAGAUGGCUCUGCUCCAGGAACAGCUGGACAAAGCCAAGAUGGAGCGCUGGAAAAACCUGGACCCCAAAGACCAGAACAAAGAGUCCGCAGCCAGCGGCAGCCGGAGCACCUUACAAGUUUGGGACCAGGUGGACUCGCCCGGUGCUGCCGACCACAACCUGGAUCAGGACCCGUGUGCCCUGGAGUCUCGCAAGGAGGCCUUAGCCAACUGGGAGAUGCAAAUCGCUGAUAUCUUGCGGUGGGUGAACGACGAAAAGGAGUCAAGGGGCUACCUCCAGGCCAUGGCCACCCGCAUGAUGGAGGAAGUGGAGAACAUGAAGCAGGCUGGUUCGCAGAGCCCUGGGCCUAAAACGCCGGACAGCCUCUGGAAAGCUCGGCGCCUGCAGAAAGUGGAGGCCUCGGCCAAGCUGGAGCUGCAGUCGGCGCUGGAGGCCGAGAUCCGGGCCAAGCAAGGGGUCCAGGAGGAGCUCGACAAGUUGAAGGUGGCCCAUGUGGCGGCUGAACGCCAGUUGCAGGAAGCGGAGAAGCAGAACCAGGCGCUGCGUCUGGAGCUGGAGAAGCUGAAGGGGGAGCUGAAAGCCCGGUCACUGGAAGGUAUGAAGCACCAAGGCCCUCUGAUCCCCUUCCUCUCCUUCCGAAGCGCCAGCAAGGACGCCAUUGCUUUUGGGAACUCCACUGACACCCAAGAGCCCCAGAAGCCCCCGGAAGAGGAGCUGUUGCACCCCGAGGGAAGGAAAAGCCGACGGUCCAGUCUGCCUCCGGCCCAGAAGACGGCGGCCACCACAGACAACAGCAACUCCCUGAAGCCUAAAUCGCACAGCUUCAAAACACACAGCUUCUCCACACCCACCAAAUGUAUGCGCUGCACGUCACUGCUGGUUGGGCUGGUCCGGCAAGGCUUGGCUUGUGAGGCCUGCAACUUCGUUUGUCACGUCUCCUGUGCCGGGGGCGUCUCCAUCUGCCCUGCACCCCCUGAACAGCUCCAGAAAACCAUGGGGGUCAACCCAACAACUGGGACAGGGACUGCCUUUGAGGGGUUCCUGUCGGUGCCAAAACCUGCUGGGGUAAAGAAGGGUUGGCAGAGGGCUUUUGCUGUCAUCAGCGAUUUCAAGAUUUUCCUGUUUGAUGUGCCAGAGGGAAAGACUUGGCAGUGCGAUGUGGGCGUCAUGCACGUCACAGAUAUGAGGGACGAGAAUUUCUCGGUGGCUGCAGUUCUGGCCUCUGAUGUCAUCCACGCCAACAGCAAAGAUCUGCCCUGCAUAUUCCGGGUGACGGCCUCCCAGCUGAGCUUCCCCGCCACCACCAGCUCUGUGCUGUUCCUGGCUGACAGUGAAGCCGAAAUGAGGAAGUGGGUGCAGGUGCUGACAGAGCUGCACCACAUCCUGAAAGAGAACCGGCACCACGACCGAACAGUCUACAUCCUCAAGGAGGCCUACGAUAACGGUCUGCCCUUCAUCCCUCACGCACUCUCGGCAGCCAUCAUAGACCGGGAUCGAAUUGCCCUGGGUACAGAGGAUGGGCUGUUUUUGAUUCAUCUUCGAACAAAUGAUGUGCUGCAGAUUGGCGACUGUCGGCGAGUGCAGCUUCUCCUGGUCUCGCCGCAGGCCCAGCUGCUGUCCGUGCUGUGUGGCAAGAACCACAGCCUCCGCAUCUUCUCCUGGGCAGAGCUGGCAACCCCAGAGGCUCCGGGGACCAAAGUGGUGGAGGCCAAGAGCUGCCAGGCAGUGGUCACGGGGCUCAUCUGCUGCAGCACGACGCCCGUGCUCUGCGUGGCCUGCAAGCGCCAGGUCCUGUGUUUCCAGCUGACGGCCACCCGUCCCCCGCACCGGCGCAUCAAGGAGAUUCAGGCGCAGGGCUACGUGCAGUGUCUGGACGUGCUGGGGGAUCGCCUCUGCGUGGGCUACCCGUCCGGCUUCUCCCUUUACCCCCUGCUCAACGAGGGGCUGCCCGUGAACCUUCCCCACGCUGAGGACCCCCGGGCGUCUGCCGUGGCCCAGAUGGAGGCUCUCAAGGCCGUGGAGGUCAGCCUGAGCGAGCUGAUCCUCUGCUUCAGCGGAUUCGGCCUCUACGUGGACGGGCAGGGGCGAAGGAGCCGCCCCCAAGAGCUGAUGUGGCCUGCGCCCCCCCUCAACUGCUGUUACAAUGCUCCUUAUUUGUCAGUGUUCAGUGAGAAUGCCGUGGACGUGUUUGACGUUCGGAAAGCGGAGUGGAUUCAGACCGUGCCACUGAAAAAAGUACGCGCGCUGAACCCCGAGGGAUCCCUUUGCACUUUUGGUACUGAGAAAGUCCGCCUGACCUACCUCAGGAACAAGGCAUUAGACCAAGACGAGUUUGAAAUCCCCGAGAUGACAGACAACAGCCGGAGGCACCUGGCGAGAACUCGGAACAAACGCCGCUUCUCCUUCCGCAUCUCGGAGGAGGAGCGGCAGCACCAGAGGCGAGAGAUGAUGCGGGACCCGACCCUCCGCUCCAAGCUCAUAUCCAGCCCUAGCAACUUUAACCACCUUGUCCACGUGGGUCCGGGCGAGAAACAACAUAAGCUGCAGGACUUGUUCGUGGCUCAGGAAAAGAAGCGAGAGGCCCAAGCACGCCUGCGCUGCAGCAGCCUUUCUGAGACCCGGCGGCCAUCUUCUUCAGGCAGCGACAGCACCGGGACGGGAGACUCCUCCUUGGUAAAGUACAAGUUGGGCAGCUCCUUGUCAGAGGACUCCUUCACGUCGCCGCUGAGCUUUUCUUCUGGCAUUGACAUGUUGGUAAAGAUCUCCGACCGGACACUGAGCCUUCCUCCCCACAGCAGCUCCAGCCAGGAAAGCACCAACUCAUGACGGGACGG